CAUUAACACCUACCAUACCACCUCUGACCUUUUCCCUGCCACAGAAAAUUUAAAUAAAUAUCUUCUAUCGAAUGUAGACUAGAGGCAAAUAGAAAUGUAGAGUUAAUGGAUGGUCCUCUUUACAUAGGCAAGUACUUGUAUAGUAUGUAACGUAAUAAUACCCCAGAGACAACUAAAACGUAAAAUUUAUGACCACGGAGACUAGGACAUGCAAUACCACUUACCUUAUUGGCUUAUAUUUUCAUGAGUAUACAUUUACCUUUGACAUUAAAUAACGGAGGUAGGAAGAUAACUUAAUUAAUUGAAGCAUUUCUGAAGUGUUUAAUAAUUAGUUUGUUCGUUCUAAUAAAAUUACAAUUUGGCGGAUGCCGUCAGACUAUCAAUAGGUAUCAAUCAAACCAUCUCCUGAGUAUGUGCCACACAGAGGCGAAGUCCUAGUUUUAUAUUACUGAAGUGCUUUAAAUACAGACACUGUAAAAAACUUCGUAAAGAUGGCCCAGGGAGUCUCAGAGUACGUGAGGGGAUUUUCCUUCAUGCCCGAAAAUAAAGUCGAUGUCAUUGAUUUGCAGUACAUAGAGGGUGGUGAGCUAUCCAGAGCAUGGAAAAUGUCCCGGCGGGAACGGCUUAAAAACAUAGAAGCAAAGAUUUGGGAUGAAUUCAUGAAUGAGCGGGAUGUGGUUGAAUCUGUCAAGAGUGAGAACCCAUACCAGUUCCUGGAGGAGCUACCUGAAGGGUGCGUGAGAGAAAUCCUGGACGCUGAGCUGACGAAGAUGAAGGAAGAAAUAGCUGAGGAAGUUCCUGUUGUCCGAAAUUUGACCUCUCAGGAGCAGCCGAAGGCACAGACGUAUAAAGAGGACCCCCAGGACCCGCGGGAGACCAUGGUGACCUUCGCCGAGUCGGUGGAGGACGAACAGUGCGAGGUGAUCACCAUUUUGGACGACGGUACGGUUGAGGAAGAUGGCUCAGAGCCAUGCGAGCGGGAAGAGUUGAACGAUACAAUGGACAGCCAGUGUACCGUGCGAGAGAAACCGAGCACCCCCGAACUGUCAGUGAAGGCGCCCGAAAAGAGCCGUGAGAAGUCGCCUGAUAAUGUCACCAACAUGAUCGAAAACAGCAUAUACAGCGCUAAAGUAAAGGAGCUACAAUCUAAAGUUAACCUGGAGCUGUUAUCUGUUAUCACAACCCUGGAAGCUCAUAAUGUGUAUCAACUGGAUCCGAACACACUCCUGAAGCUAAAGCGACAGUGCAGCGAGUUCUGUGCUCGCUACAGCCGCAUAUACUUGUAUCCGAUAUCGCGACAGGUGAGUUUGCCGCCUUACAGCCCGACCCUGGAAGCUCAUAAUGUGUAUCAAUUGGAUCCGAACACACUCCUGAAGCUAAAGCGUCAGUGCAGCGAGUUAUGUGCUCGCUACAGCCGCAUAUACUUGUAUCCGAUAUCGCGACAGGUGAGUUUGCCGCCUUACGGCCCGACCCUGGAAGCUCAUAAUGUGUAUCAACUGGAUCCGAACACACUCCUGAAGCGAAAGCGACAGUGCAGCGAGUUCUGUGCUCGCUACAGCCGCAUAUACUUGUAUCCGAUAUCGCGACAGGUGAGUUUGCCGCCUUACAGCCCGACUCUGGAAGCUCAUAAUGUGUAUCAAUUGGAUCCGAACACACUCCUGAAGCUAAAGCGACAGUGCAGCGAGUUCUGUGCUCGCUACAGCCGCAUAUACUUGUAUCCGAUAUCGCGACAGGUGAGUUUGCCGCCUUACAGCCCGACUCUGGAAGCUCAUAAUGUGUAUCAAUUGGAUCCGAACACACCCCUGAAGCUAAAGCGACAGUGCAGCGAGUUCUGUGCUCGCUACAGCCGCAUAUACUUGUAUCCAAUAUCGCGACAGGUGAGUUUGCCGCCUUACAGCCCGACCCUGGAAGCUCAUAAUGUGUAUCAAUUGGAUCCGAACACACUCCUGAAGCUAAAGCGACAGUGCAGCGAGUUCUGUGCUCGCUACAGCCGCAUAUACUUGUAUCCGAUAUCGCGACAGGUGAGUUUGCCGCCUUACAGCACAACCCUGGAAGCUCAUAAUGUGUAUCAAUUGGAUCCGAACACACUCCUGAAGCUAAAGCGACAGUGCAGCGAGUUCUGUGCUCGCUACAGCCGCAUAUACUUGUAUCCGAUAUCGCGACAGAUCCACGACGUGAUGCGCCACAACAACACGGCAACGCCGUACGCGCGACACACGCAUACACGCUCGCAACUCAUCCGAUCUGUGUCGCUACAGCAAAACAUGUUGCAGUCCCUUCAGAUGAUCCACAAAUGGUUUACCCAAAAGACGCCGCUGCGGGAAUGCGUGUACGCAAUAAAGAACUUCAUGCAAUUGGUGCGAGAAGCGGACUCCGUCUGUCCCACCGAGGUCCAUAAUGAGGAGCUACUGCAAACUUGCAAGAGCUUGGACAAAGCUUUGGGCCUUUACCUAGUGAGACUUAACAAUUUCGUGGGAGAUGACAACGAAACUGUUGCCUCGGUGCCUCGUUCCGGAAAGGCUCAUAACUCUCAUAAGUCUUCGAAGUGCAAUAAACAUGGCAAAGCAAAAACGGUCGCAGACGCCAAGCUCUCGAUGUACUCUCUGGAUAGAUUCCCGCGUAGCUCCAAGGUUUCUGUCGGCCGAUCGAGCGCCGGCACGUCUAAAGUUCGCAUGAGAGAACCACCGACCGCCAUCCCGAAGAACCCUAAUCCAUUGGAAAACCCAAACGCGGUAGCUAAUAAGAAAACACGGUCCCGGAGACCGCUGAUGCGCGCGCCGGGCGGCGGGCAGCGCCGCGACACGCGCGCCCUGCACGAGCGCGACGACAUCACCACGCUCGUCGAGACCGUCGGCUUCAUGACGACUCCCCACGCGUCGGCGGCGAACUCGGUCCACGGCGUCCCGCACUACGCCUCCCCGCCCUCCCCGCAACGCACCAAGUCAUCGCACGUCUCGACAUCAGCACGAGGCUUCCGCAAGAGCAAAGAAACCUCACCCAGAUCGCCAAGAUUAAAUCCAAAACAAAAUAAGAACACUUUAGAGAAAGAUCUAAAGCUAGCUCUGGACGCUAUACACGCAUCUGACCCUUCCAUGGAUACUAUACACGAUACCCUACCGUCGGUUAUCAAGGUGCAAUGCGCGAAGAAAGACGUGGUGAAGACACCUAGUGAAACUACUCCAAGGACUCCAAGGACUGACGGGAUGGCUGAAGAAAGAAAGGAGGUGAAGGAUGACAAGGAAGUGAACUCCACGAGCGACGUGUCUGUGCUCCUGAGACAGCUCUGCGCGGGGCGGUCUAAUACCAAAUUGAGAAGCCCGAGGGAUCGAGCAUUUGGAUCCAAGAACGCCCAGCUGCUUUGUGUCAACGGUGGAAGCCCGCGUUCGCCUUCCCUUGGCACACCUCAACUGUUGCGGAUACUAGAAGAAACAAUCCAAAAGCAAGCUCCAAAGCCGCAAUUCUCCACCAAAGCUCCAGUUAAAGACCUCGACCGCUACCGGCUCAGCUUCAACCGGAGCAGCUCGGCCACGGACGCGCUCUUCCAAUACCGCACCAAGUUCGUGCAGCACAUGCUGUCGAGCCCCAUGUACGCCAACAGCAGGGUCGGGAAGCCCUGGGAGAUGAUCGGCAAUAUAUCAGAACAAAUCAUGGAUGAGAUCCUCAUGUCCUGUGCAAAAGAGAUGCAGUUAGAGAAUAUCAUUGAAGAACUAUACAAAAGUGAGACACAGUGAUUUUUAUGCACUUAUCAUAUAUUUUGAUGUUGAAAUAAAUGUAUUUGGCUUUCGAUUUCUUUUGUUACAGUUUCAAGUAGGUACUCGAAACGACACUAUAAAGCAAAAUGGGACAAAUAUGUUUGACUCAAAAGAAAAAUAACAAUACAUUUCUUCUUUCUAAAUUCGUAUUUUUUUAAUAUAACACUUAUUGAAAAAUACAUAAAUAAGGCACUUAAACAUACGACUAGGUUUAUAAUACCCAAAUGCAGUAAUAAACCACUUGCAAGCACAUUUAACGGAGUCAUUCUGAUAAUUAAAUUAUGAAAAUAGUUUAACACUCACACGUC